UAAAAGGAGCAGGCAGGAACGGAGGAGCAAGGAUCCCAAGCUCACACUCAACAGCCUCCACGCAGAGAGUCCCCCCGCCAUGUCGUGCCGCUCCUACAGGAUCAGCUCAGGAUGCGGGGUCACCAGGAACUUCAGCUCCUGCUCCGCCGUGGCCCCCAAAACCGGCAACCGCUGUUGCAUCAGCGCCGCCCCCUACCGGGGGGUGUCCUGCUACCGAGGGCUCACCGGCUUCAGCAGCCGUAGCCUGGGUAACCUGGGCUCCGGCGGGCCCCGCAUGGCCGUCGGGGGCUUCCGCGCCGGCUCCUGCGGACGCAGCUUCGGCUACCGCUCGGGCGGCGUGUGCGGGCCCAGCGCCCCCUGCAUCACCACCGUGUCUGUCAACGAGAGCCUCCUGACGCCCCUCAACCUGGAGAUCGACCCCAACGCGCAGUGCGUGAAGCACGAGGAGAAGGAGCAGAUCAAGUGUCUCAACAGCAAGUUCGCCGCCUUCAUCGACAAGGUGCGCUUCCUGGAGCAGCAGAACAAGUUGCUGGAGACCAAGUGGCAGUUCUAUCAGAACCAGCGCUGCUGCGAGAGCAACCUGGAGCCGCUGUUCAGUGGCUACAUCGAGACGCUGCGGCGGGAGGCCGAGUGCGUGGAGGCCGACAGCGGGCGGCUGGCCUCCGAGCUCAACCACGUGCAGGAGGUGCUGGAGGGCUACAAGAAGAAGUAUGAAGAGGAGGUGGCUCUGAGAGCCACGGCAGAGAAUGAGUUUGUGGUUCUAAAGAAGGAUGUGGACUGUGCCUACCUGCGGAAGUCGGACCUGGAGGCCAACGUGGAAGCCCUGGUGGAGGAGUCGAGUUUCCUGAAGCGCCUCUAUGAGGAGGAGAUCCGCGUGCUCCAAGCCCACAUCUCCGACACCUCAGUCAUUGUCAAGAUGGACAACAGCCGGGACCUGAACAUGGACUGCGUUGUGGCCGAGAUCAAGGCCCAGUAUGACGAUGUUGCCAGCCGCAGCCGGGCUGAGGCCGAGUCCUGGUACCGCAGCAAGUGCGAGGAGAUGAAGGCCACGGUGAUCCGGCAUGGGGAGACCCUGCGCCGCACCAAGGAGGAGAUCAACGAGCUGAACCGUGUGAUCCAGAGGCUGACGGCCGAGGUGGAGAACGCCAAGUGCCAGCGCGCCAAGCUGGAGGCGGCCGUGGCCGAAGCGGAGCAGCAGGGCGAGGCAGCCCUGAGCGACGCCCGCUGCAAGCUGGCUGAGCUGGAGGCCGCCCUGCAGAAGGCCAAGCAGGACAUGGCAUGCCUGCUCAAGGAGUACCAGGAGGUGAUGAACUCCAAGCUGGGCCUGGAUAUCGAGAUCGCCACCUACCGCCGCCUGCUGGAGGGCGAGGAACACAGGCUGUGCGAGGGCGUGGGCUCCGUGAAUGUGUGUGUCAGCAGCUCCCGCGGCGGUGUCAGCUGCGGGGGCCUCACCUACAGCACCACCCCGGGGCGCCAGAUUGCCUCCGGCCCCUCAGCCACGGGCGGCAGCAUCACGGUGAUGGCACCGGACUCCUGCGGCCCCUGCCAGCCCCGCUCCACCAGCUUCAGCUGCGGGAGCAGCCGGUCCGUGCGCUUCGCCUAGUGCCUGCCCCCGCGAGCCUGGCCCGUCCGCGCGUCCACCCCAGCACGGACUGGUGUGUGAAUGGGAAACGUGUGCUUGCUUCCAGAACCUUCCAGAGUUCCUGCAGAGGGAAAGACCCCGGGGCCGCUCUCCUCCGCCUCCUCAUCUUGGGGGGCUGUCUCCUCGUUCUCCUCUUGCCUUCAGUUUAGAGUCACUCCCUCGCUUAACUGCAACUUGGCUCCGAUGUACCCAUGGCCAGAGAGGCCGGGCAACGUACAAGUUUCCCAGGGCAAGCUGUGACCCUAACUGUCCAGCCUGAGACCCGGACAGAGCAGGGGCCCUCCCAGCAGCCCCUGCGGCCGAUGCUCGGUGCUUGCUUGUGCCUCUGGCCGGCUCCUGGGUGAACAGGGUCCAGUCCAGGCUCCCCCCACCCCAGGGUCCUCCCAGCACACAGGCCCCUUUUCCCAGGGGGGCGUCCUUUGGUCUCCGCUGCCUGGCAGGUGCCUCUGGGCGGGUCUUCCUGUCAGAGCCCCUUUAUACAUUUCAAAGCCUCCGCGGGGGCUCCCACCUGCCCCCCAGUCUGGAGUGGUGGGAUGGAGAAGGAGGGCCUGGGUCCCUCUCUUGGUGUGACUGUCUGUGGUGUGCCUUGCCUUCCGGGUUGUCUCAGUCGAUACUGUGUUUCAAUAAAUGCUGCUGCCUUGCAAA